UAUCCCUCUGAAAUGCUCACGUUGUUGAGACGAGCUGAAUCAAAAUGACCUGUCUCUGGAUCAGCGGGAGGUAUAAACGAGGGCCGGUCGGGUGGGUCUCCCCACUCUGCCUUUCCCUGCGAACUGCAGCCCUCAAUCAUGCAACCUCUCGUCAAGUCCUCGAUACCCUCCCUCUCCCUGCGUGGACGCGGCACUGCCUUCGCCCGCGAAUACCUACUAUCUGUGCUUGGCCAGGGAGUCGAGGUUGGCGCACUCGAGAUCAUCGAAGGCGACUCGGUGGUCGUCCUCGGCAAGAUUCAGGAGACCAAGCGCCCUGCCCGGAUAGUCGUGAAAAACGAUACCGUCUGGUGGCGUAUCUUCACUUCGAGCGACUUAGGCUUCGCAGAGUCUUACAUGCUCGGUGAAUUCGAAACAGAUGAUCUGCGCGCGAUCUGUGAUAUCUGGAUCAACAAUGCGUCGAGACUCGAAGGGCUAUCAACCGUCUUCUUCCAGGCUUUCGCCCUUGGUUACAAGUACACCAGCGCUCUCUUCGGACAGUCGGUAUCUCGUGCCAAGCUGAACGCAGUGGCUGGUUAUGAUGGCUCGAACGCCAUGUUCCAGGCUUUCCUCAGCAAAGAAAUGAUGUACUCCUGCGCAUUGUGGACCGAUGCGGAAGGGGGAUUGAAUGGCGAUCUGCAGAGCGAGCGUGAUCUGUUAGAGCUUGAAGCCGCCCAGAAACGGAAGAUACGGCAUGUGCUGACCAAGGCACGAGUGAAGCGUGGCGACCGCGUACUCGAAUUCGGAUCUGGUUGGUGUGGAUUAGCUAUUGAGGCCGUUCAGUGGCUUGGGUGCACCGUGGAUACCCUCACACUCUCCGUCGAGCAGAAGAAACUGGGAGAAGAACGUAUCCGCGCCGCUGGCUUGGAAGACUCCAUACACGUUCACCUCCUUGACUAUCGUCAACUUCCACCAUCUUUCGAAAAAGCCUUCGAUGCGUUCGUGAGCGUCGAGAUGAUUGAGCACGUGGGGCCGACCCACUAUGAAAAAUACUUCUCUCUGAUAGACUGGGCUUUGAAGUCGAAGAACGCAGCAGCGGUCAUCACCUCUUCCACGUGCUCAGAAGCAAAGUACACUACCUAUCAGACCCCCGACUUCAGCCGUUACUACAUGUGGCCGAAUGGGACAUUGCCCAGCGCCACCGCGCUCGUGCAGGCUGCGAACGCGGGAUCGAAAGGUCGCUUGCAGCUGGACGAAAUUGAGAAUCAUGGCCAACACUACGCGCGCACGUUGAGGGAAUGGAAUCGCCGCUUCUUGCGUUUCGUUCCUGAGAUCGAGGAAGAGAUCAUGGAGCAACAUCCUGCGUUCAAGACGGAUCGCAAGCUGUUCGAAGCCUUCAAGCGUAAAUGGCUGUACCUCUUCCCUUCGGCGGAAGCUGGCUUCGCCAGCGGGUAUCUCACAUGCCAUAUGCUCACGUUCAUCCGGGAGAUGACUUUGUGAUAUUUGGGCAUCAAUCCCGGCAGUCUACAUGCAAUACGUGUAUACGCCGCUUACUACUGCGUCGCGAAAGACUUAAAACUUUUUAUUGGAUCCUGGUUUUAACUUCGGUUUUCUCAAGGCAUGAUGCUGGACUUACAUUAUAUAUGGCACUAAGGGCUAUCACAAUCUCAGCAUGUAACCACGCUCGGCGAUUAGACGGGCGUGUUCUGUAUGUUUAUAUUUCGUUCAUUAUCAUCCGACGAUUGGCAAUUAGAGCCAGC